GGCGUGCUCGCGCCUCCCCGCUCGCCCCGGGCCGUUGGUAAGGUAACGGGAGGCGGAGUUGCGACCGGGCCGGGACCCCAAAGGGGCGCGGAGAGGACUCCAGCCACGGCGUUCGGCUCCUCUUUAAGGGUUAUGCAUCAAGAUGACCAGCUCCUGAGGCAUCCACUCAAGACCAUCCAUAGGUUUGCAUGAUCCACAGAGUCAAAGGCUUUGCUGAAGCCAAGGAAGUAUAGACCCAUCUUUUUGGGUGCACCUCAGCAGUAGUGUUGAAAACACUUCACACGCCUUCUCUUACAAGAGCCUUGGAAGUGCAUCAACUCUCAGAGCCAUGUCUGACCAGCAUGAGGAGGAGGCAGGGAAGGACGCGGCCUUCGCCUCCGAGCACCUGGCGGCCGAGUCCAUGGCCGCAGACAUGGACCCCUGGGUGGUCUUCGACGCGCGGAAGACGCCGCGGGCCGAGUUCGAGCAGUGGCUGCAGACUUACCAGCCUUCCCGCGUGUUCCGGUUUGGCGAUCCGGAGGGCCACACGGAGCCGGUGGGGUGGAUCGCGGUCUACGGGCCCAGCUUCUGCCCCGAGGGCGGAGACGUGGUGGGCCUGCAGGAAGACUGGGAAUGGCUGCAGCUCAGCGGGCGCCACAUCACCUUCGACACCAUCAAGGAGCUGGCCCUGAACCGGCGGGUGCUGACGGGCAAGUGGCUGAUGCACCUGGACAGCGGCUUCAAGGUGGACCACGCCUGGUGCGGCAUCGCCCGCGCCGUGCUCGACGGCCGCAUCGGCGUGGCCAAGGUCAGCCCCUGCUGCCCCGACUCGGAGCGCAAGCAGGUCAUCUGCGUCUACACGGACGACUUCACCGACGAGGAGCAGGUCCUGCUGGCCGACGCCGUCAUCCGGGCCACGGGCAUCAAGUGCCUCCUGUCCUACAAGCCCGACGUUUACACCUACCUCGGCAUCUACCGCGACAACCGCUGGCACCUCUGCCCCACCAUCUACGAGAGCAAGUUCGACCUGGAAUGCAUCCCCCGCCGCUCCCGCAUCAUCAACAAAGUGAGCAACACGGAAGUCACUUAACGCGCGUGCGUGGCGCUCUCGGCAGAACGGUGCUAGUGCUCGGAGCUACCAAGUCCCAGCAUGCAAUGCUCACUCGCCUCCCUUCUCCCCCUAGAAACCACGUGACUUUCUCAGUGACUGCUGCCAACUGCUGGCCGCCAGGAAAGGCGCUUCUGGGGUCGGGGCUUUCGUAUUCUGCUGUGGGGGUGGGAGCCAGGGCACAGCGUCUGUCGGCUGGUGGGGCAAAGGGUCCUCCUUCAUGCCGCCACACGGACGAACUGUGGCAUCUCUCUCUGAACUGCGAACCGGCAUGUGCCCCCUUGUGAAAUUCUUGAAAACCUCUUCUCUGCACUUCUUCCUCUGUGGCCUGUGUGUGUGUGUGUCCCACUGUAACUUGGGGAUUAUGCCCUAAACAAGCUGCCUUUGAUAGACGAAGAGCGUACGAGGUUUUGAGCAGCACAGACCUGUUCGUCUGGCAGAGUCACUGCUUAAUUGGAAGCGUUCCGUGAAAUGCGGAAGCCUGGAUGCUCUUGCAGCAACCGCAGCCAGUUAAACCUGGGAGCAUUUUGCAUAUCUCCUUUUGUCCUUUGGGGUGGGUGGCUAUUGCAGUGGAUCCCUGACAGUGUGUGGUCAUCUGACAGCUCCCGUGGAUUGGGUCCCGAUCACCACUGCAGCCUCGCUGGUUUAUGUUCUCCCACACCUUUGCUCAGAGGGACAAUCUCUGAAUUUUUCUCUUUUAAGGUGGUGGGAAAAUAUGACUCCGAUGCAUUCACUUGUAAAUAGCUUGAAAAUAAAAGUAAUUUUCUUCUUCA